UCUUAUCGCGAGCGGCAUUUCCACGUCAGGUUUAUUAUUGUUUUCGAAUUUAUCAAGCGGUAAAAAUGCUCCUCAAAGGGCUUUCUGGUUUUGUGGCACUCUGGCUCCUCCUGCAGUUGGCCGGAGCGGAUUCCCCGGAGGAGGAGCAGGGAGUUCGCUAUGCCAACCGCUGCGAAGCCUGCAAAAUCCUGGCCACGGAACUGGAGGCGCGACUUGGGGAGACCGGCAAGUCGCACGACGUCAUCGAAAUCGGAUACUCCGUGGACGAUGUGAAGCCCAAGAAGCGCACCGAGUACCGCCGGAGCGAACUGCGGCUCCUCGAAUCCCUGGAGAACGUGUGCGAGCGAGUCCUGGAGUACAAUCUGCACAAGGAACGCUCGGACAGCACGAGGUUCGCCAAGGGAAUGUCUCAGACCUUCCAGACCCUCCACGGCCUUGUGGACAAGGGCGUCAAGGUGGAUCUGGGAAUACCCUACGAGCUGUGGGACAAGCCGCCAGUGGAGGUCACCCAAAUGAAGACCCAGUGCGAGAACCUACUGGAGGAGUACGAGGAAACCAUCAGCGAUUGGUACUUUAAGCACCAGGACGAGAAGUCCCUGAAGAAGCAUCUCUGCGAGGACCACGUCCUCAAGAAAAAGGCCGAAAGGGAAUGCCUCAAGGAGCAGCUCGCGCUCCCGGAAGCCAAAAAGGGCAAAAAUAAAAAGGCCAAGGGCGACAAGGAGGAGCUGUGAGCCAAAGAACCCAUGUAUAUCCUAGGAAUCCCUACAAUAUUGUAAUUCCAUGUCGUAAAAAGUAGGUGAAGUGCAGCUAUUGUCGAUACCUUUAAAAAGGAACACCAAAUUUAGUUUUUGAACCUACUCCAACUAUGGAAAGAAAAUGUUAUUUACUCAAUGAUCUUAUUUUUUUCGAAAUGGAAGUCAGAUUAAGCUUUACCGAACAAAGCGAAAAGUGUUUAAUUAGCUUAAGUAAACUCACUAUGUCUCCCAAUUUUAUCUGUAUAACUUCCACAACGACUGAACCACCAAAUGCUACUGAAAGUUUCGCCUGGGGCCAUUGGCUUAUUGAUUUCGGCCACGAAUUGGGGUCGACAAUUAAAAGUUGACUGCCCUCAAUGAGGUGGCCAGCCAUUGCCCCCAGCCAACAGUUCAGGUGUUUACGCCACAUUAUGCUUAUAAAUGAGAUUUUUUGCAUUUUCCAGGAACCUUUGGCACUGAAUCAAAGAGUGCUUCUUGAUCGCCUGUGAAUUUUGUAACGAAAACUUAGUAUUGAUCUUAAAAUAUAGAAUGUCUGUGCAUA